AUGGCUGAUAAAUCCAAAUGUAUUGGGUACAUCAGUGAUGCUUGAGAAAAAUCAAAAGACACUAUACUUUUUCACUUACUUUUCACCUAUCAGGGGAUUCCCUACGCAGUUGCCAUGUGCACCCCAGAAACUUUCCAAGCCCUGGACACCUUUGAAGCUAGAAGUGAUGACAUCCUGCUAGCAUCUUACCCAAAGUGUGAUAAGUUCUCACCUAAGCAGACUCAUCCUAAACUUCUCUUGUGUGAUGGCAUUGUGAACAUGGUCAGCAUCCCAUCCCUACAUCAGAGAAUGAAGCUGUUUCCAUUACCAAGGAUUUUGACAACUCACCUCCAUUAUGACAAAUUACCUGGGUCCAUCUUCAAGCACAAAGCCAAGAUACUGGUGAUAUUUUGAAACCCCAAAGACAUGGCUAUAUCUUUUUUCCAUUUCCACAGCAAUGUUCCGGAUAUCCCAAGCUAUGCCUCCUGGGCUGAAUUCUUCAGACAGUUCAUGAAGGGACAAGUUUCUUGGGGAAGCUAUUUUGAUUUUGCAAUUAAUUGAAAUAAGCACCUUGAUGAUGAAAAUGUUAAGUUCGUAUUAUAUGAAGACUUGAAAGAGGAUCUGGCUACUGGAGUAAAACAAAUUGCUGAGUUCUUUGGAUUCUCCCUAACUGGAGAGCAGAUUCAAACUAUCUCAGCCCAGGGUACCUCCCAAACAAUGAGAGAAAAAUCUCAGGAAAUGCGUGGUGCCAUUGGCCCCUUCUUGUUUCACAAAGGUGAAGUUGGUGACUGGAAACAUUUGUUCACUGAAACUCAGGACCAAGAAAUGGAUGAAAAAUUCCAAGUGUGCUUAGCAGGCACUUCCUUUGGAUACAAGCUAAAGUAUGAAUCAUAUUGCCAGGCUUGAUUCUG